AGUUUUAUCUUAUUCUAAAGACAUUCAUUAAGAGGUGACGAGAAAAAGAAUUAAAAAUAUUUGUAUAAAAGAAAUCCUCACUCACAAUUCUCUUCCUCUCCGCUUUACUAUAAAUUACUUCUUGAUUAUUAGGAAAAAUAAGAUCCCACGAAAACUAGGAGAAAGGCCGAAUGCAAUGGAAAGAACAGAAUUAGAUGAAGCAAGGCUACAAGGGCAAGCAGAGAUAUGGCGUUACAUGUUCAGCUUUGCAGAUUCUAUGGCGCUUAAGUCUGCCGUGGAGCUCCGCAUAGCUGACAUAAUAUACUCUUAUGGUGGUGCCGCCACUUUGUCGCAAAUAGCUUCAUGCAUUAAUGAUGGCCUUACUUCGCCAGAUAUCACCACCCUUGCUCGCAUAAUGAGAUUGCUUGCUCGCAGAAAGAUUUUCACUAUCCACCAUCCUUCAGACGGUAGAGAUUCUUUGUACAACUUAACUCACUCAUCGAGAUGGCUUCUACAUGACUCGGAGCAAAGCCUGGCGCCCAUGGUACUAAUGGAGAACCAUCCAUGGCAAAUGGCUCCUUGGCACUACUUCAGUCAGUGCGUGAAAGAAGGUGGCGAUGCCUUCAAGAAAGCUCAUGGGUGUGAGAUAUGGGAUUUAGCAUCGAGGAAUCCUGAUUUCAACAAGCUUUUUAACGAUGGCCUGGCUUGUACAUCCAAGGUCAUUACCAGUGCAAUCCUGUCAGGUUACAAACAAGGGUUCAACUCCAUUGGAUCGUUGGUUGAUGUCGGAGGUGGGACUGGAGGCUUAAUAUCAGAGAUUAUUAAAGUAUAUCCACACAUCAAAUGUGUUAACUUUGAUUUGCCGCAUGUUGUCUCGACGGCACCGGCAUACAAUGGAGUCUCCCAUAUUGGUGGUGAUAUGUUUCAUGCCAUUCCAAAUACUGAUGCAAUCAUUAUGAAGUGGAUCUUGCAUGAUUGGGACGAUGAGGAUUGCAUAAAAAUAUUAAAGAAUUGUAAAAAAGCAAUACCAAAAGAGAAUGGAAAAGUGAUAAUUAUUGAAAUAAUUUUGAAAGAAGAUGGAAGUGGACUGUUUGAUGAAAUUGGAUUCAUACUUGACCUCGCAAUGAUUGCUCAUACCAAUGGUAAGGAGAGAACAGAGGUGGAAUGGAAGAAAAUCUUGGAAGGAGGAGGCUUCUUUCACUACAAAAUCAUCAACAUUCCUUCCUUGUUAUCCAUCAUCGAGGCAUAUCCUGAUGAUAAGUAGCUUUUAGCAUAAUGCCAGCAAUGGGGAUGUAAUUUCCUAUUUUAUAAAUCCUCCUUUAUUUCAUUUAGCAUCAAUAAAUGUAUGUGACUAUGUUAUUCUCUCCUUUCUUGUUCCCCAAAAAUUUAUAUCUUCAAUUUAAAUAAAAUAUAAAAACUCCAUGAAUCAUAUGAAUGCAUAAAAAAUUUGUUUUUAAACAA